ACUCAAUUCAACCUCCAAAAAGAUAACUUCCAAUAUUUUUCCAUUUAAUAAGAGAAUGAUGUCAUCGGCCAGUUGUAGCUGAGUCAGAAGGUAGUCAGAAAGUCGACUGGAUUGGUGCUGGCAACGAGAACCAUCACUUCAGGAAAAGGAAAAGAAGAAGAAAUGGAGAGCAAAAACGAUUGUAUGUACAGAAAUCCUGGAGCAGCCAUUGAAGAUCGGAUUAAAGAUCUUCUCUCGAGGAUGAGUUUGAGGGAAAAGAUCGGCCAAAUGACCCAAAUUGAACGCUCUGUGGUCACUCCCUCCGCCCUUACGGAUUUAGCCGUCGGGAGCGUUCUGAGCGGCGGAGAUAACCCACCUUUCGACAAAGCUAUGUCAUUGGAUUGGGCGGACAUGGUUGAUGGCUUCCAGUCUUUGGCGCUUCAGUCACGUCUUGGAAUUCCGAUUAUAUAUGGGAUUGAUGCUGUUCAUGGCAGCAGCAAUGUCUAUGGUGCUACCAUUUUUCCUCACAAUGUUGGCCUUGGUGCCACCAGAGAUGGUAAAUUGGUUAGAAGAAUUGGGACAGUAACAGCUCUUGAAGUUAGAGCCAGUGGUGUUCACUAUGCAUUUGCCCCUUGUCUUGCUGUAUCAAGAGAUCCAAGAUGGGGAAGGUGCUAUGAGAGUUAUAGUGAACAUACUGAAGUUGUUCGAAAAAUGACUUCUUUAGUGGAAGGGUUGCAAGGGAAGCCACCUGAAGGAUACCCAAAAGGCUAUCCAUUUGUAGCUGGAAGAAAUAAUGUAAUUGCAUGUGCAAAACAUUUUGUUGGAGAUGGAGGAACUGAUAAAGGUUUGAAUGAAGGAAAUACCAUUAUUGAUUCUUAUGAUGAAUUGGAAAGGAUCCAUAUUGCUCCUUACUUGGACUGUAUUGCUCAAGGACUUUCAACUGUUAUGGCAUCUUAUUCCAGCUGGAAUGGAAAUCCCCUUCAUACUCACCAUUUUCUGCUUACACAAGUUUUAAAAGAAAAGCUUGGGUUCAAGGGGUUUGUAAUUUCUGAUUGGGAAGCACUUGAUCGGCUUAGUAAUCCAAGAGGCUCAAACUAUCGUUCGUGCAUUUGUACUGCAGUUAAUGCUGGAAUAGACAUGGUUAUGGUGCCCUUUAGAUAUGAAGAAUUUAUCAAGGACUUGCUGUCAUUGGUUGAAUCUGGGGAGAUUCCAAUCGCUAGGAUUGAUGAUGCUGUUGAACGGAUAUUGAGAGUGAAGUUUGUUGCUGGUCUUUUUGAACAUCCUUUCAGUGACAGAUCAUUGAUAGAUGUCGUCGGUUGCAAGAUUCACCGAGAUCUAGCGAGAGAAGCAGUUCGUAAGUCGUUGGUUCUUUUGAGAAACGGAAAAGAUCCAAUGAAACCCUUUCUUCCAUUAGACAGGAAAGCCAAGAAGAUUCUUGUAGCUGGUUCUCAUGCUGAUGAUCUUGGAUAUCAGUGUGGAGGGUGGACAAUUUCCUGGAAUGGGUCAACAGGCAGAACCACAGUUGGUACUACCAUUUUAGAUGCAAUCAAAGAAGCAGUAGGAGACCAAACAAAAGUAAUAUAUGAGCAAAAUCCAUCAGCAGUCACUUUGAAUGAUCAAGAUAUAUCUUUUGCUAUUGUGGCUAUUGGUGAAAGUCCAUACGCCGAAUCCGCUGGCGACAACUCCAAGCUUAUCAUACCCUUCAAUGGAAAUGAGAUUGUAAAAGCAGUUGCUGGCAAAAUCCCCACAUUGGUAAUUCUAAUAUCUGGAAGACCUCUAGUUUUAGAGCCUACAGUUAUAGAGAAUGUUGAAGCUCUCAUUGCUGCUUGGCUUCCUGGAACUGAAGGAAACGGAAUCACUGAUGUUAUCUUCGGAGAUUACGAUUUCACCGGUCGAUUACCCGUUACAUGGUUUAAAACGGUCGAGCAACUCCCAGUCCAUGCUGAAAAUAAUUUGCAGGAUUCAUUAUUCCCUUUCGGGUUCGGGUUAUCAUAUGGUAAGGAGAUAUCUUCUCUGUAAGCACAUGACUUCAGAAAUUGGCUGCCCUUCCUUGAUGAUAGAUUGUGAGGAAGUUUGUAUGCCUUGAUUUUAUGUUGUGCUGCUAUUUAUCAAAUGUGACUUACAUUUCUGUUGGAACUAUGUAUAGAGUUUGUAUAAUAAAAGAAGUUUUUUGUAUAAUAAAAGUGAUAUCAAUAAGAAAUUAUCAAUAUGUAUUGUUUGGAGCAAA